UGAAAUUGUGAGCAGUGGAUGACACAUACAUUAGCCACUCCUCGCUCUACAAACAAACUGCACACCCCUUCCUUCCUCUCUCUCUUUCUCUCUCUAAUUCGCAUAUACACGAUCCUUCACCGUUAGGGUUUUCGAUGCUCUUUUCUUCUCAUCGUCGCGCACCCUAGCUUAAGGCUUAAUUUUUCGUUUUCAUCUGUUAAUCAGGCGUUAGUGCUAAUGGAGUUUGAAAUGGCUUGAGUUGGAACCCGCCUCUUGAGUGAUUGCUUAAGGUUUUGAAAGCCACAUGGCUCGGAAGGGUAAUCAGCAAAAGAAUGGAGUGGACCGGUUGAAUCAUAAGAAAGGGGUUUCUAGUGGUGUACUUCCGGGGAUGAAGGACCAUGUUAAAGGAGGGCCGGUGAAGGUUUUCCCGAGAGAGGAACUCGCCGACGGGGAUAGGCCUGGCGGAGUUUCGCAGGCUUCAUGUGAUGCUAGUUCUUCGGGUGAUGACUAUGUCAAUGAUCAGAGGUCGGAAAAGGCUUAUAGGAAAGAGAAGCAGGGGAUGGCUGCAAAGCAUAACCAGGAGGAGUCCUUGCCCUUUGAGGCGAAUUCAGGGGAUGGCAGUGUGAAUUCUGAAGCUUCUGUACAAGAAGAGAAUGGGACUCUACCUAGAAGUAAUCGAGGUCAACAGAGUAUAAGGAGUAGAUUGAGCUGUAUACUGGAUAGUGUGCAUGUGAGAAGUGUGGUGGAAAAAGUAGAGCUUGCUGAUAAUGUGAUAAUUAGGAGAUUAAGGUUGUCAAUGUUUUCCAUCUUUACAGCAGUUACAGAGUGGCUAACCAGGCAGACUCCGUUGCUUGUAUCUCUUAGAACCAGCAUGUUUAAAGCGUGUCAUAAUGUCAGAACUAAAGUUGUGCAGGCGUAUCCGGUUGUUCUGAAGUGGCUCAUGCAUUUUGCAAACAUAAUGCUUCUGUUGUCAGUGUUUUGGUUGGACUGUGCUCUUCGGGGUAUUGAUUCAUUUGUUCGUAUGGGUACAACGUCCUUCUUCUCUGUUAUAUGGUGUACCGUAUUCUCGGUGAUUAGUAUGAUAGGGAUGUUCAAGUUUCUUGCUGUCCUGGGCCUGGCUGCCUUUAUUGGAUUUUUUCUUGGGCUCAUGCUUGCAAUUUUGGUACUUGCAAUCAUUGGAGUUGUUACCUUGUGGUUUUAUGGUAGCUUUUGGACUACGGCACUGUUCAUUAUCCUUGGAGGAUUGGCAUUUAUGUCAAGUCAUGAACGGGUAGCGCUACUUAUCACCACAGUGUAUUCUGUCUAUUGUGCAUGGCAGUAUGUUGGGUGGCUUGGUUUGCUAUUGGCUUUUAAUUUAGCUUUUAUCUCUAGUGAUGUUCUGAUAUACUUCCUCAAGAAAAACAUAGAUCAACAGAGUAGAUCCAAUCCUUUUGAGCAAAGAGCUGGAAUGCAUGGUCAACCAGGAUUUAGUGAUGAACCGACACAUGCUUCUUCCUCUGAAAAUGGACCGGGACCAUCUGCAGAUCGCAGUGCUGGCAUCCCUUCAACUAGUGGGGUUGAUUCUGAUGUAACUUCUGAAGAUGAAGUUGUCCGUUUGUUGAACUGCUCUGAUCACUAUUCUGCACUGGGCUUGACGCGGUAUCAAAAUAUAGAUGUUUCAAUAUUAAAGCGGGAAUAUAGAAAGAAGGCAAUGUUGGUACAUCCGGAUAAAAAUAUGGGUAAUGAAAAAGCUGUAGAAGCCUUUAAGAAACUUCAAAAUGCGUAUGAGAUUCUAAUGGAUUCCUUGAAGCGAAAAGCUUAUGAUGACGAGUUAAGGAGAGAAGAGAUUUUGAGUGUAUUUCGUAGAUUUCAUGAUUCUUCUCGUAAGAAUGGUAAGCAUGGGUUCUUUCCUUCGGGAUUUGCACGGUCAGAUGCAGAUGGUGAGGACCCAUUUGGUGAUUCUAGGCGAAUAGCCUGCAAAAGGUGUGGUGGCUUUCAUGUUUGGAUACACACCAAGAAACAAAAGUCUCGGGCAAGAUGGUGCCAGGAUUGCCAAGAUUAUCAUCAAGCUAAGGAUGGUGAUGGAUGGGUUGAACAAUCUUCCCAACCAUUUCUUUUUGGCUUAUUGCAGAAGGUGGAUGCUCCUUCGGCAUAUGUGUGUGCUGGUAGCAGGAUAUAUGAUGCCACUGAAUGGUACAUCUGUCAGGGCAUGAGAUGUCCAGCGAAUACUCAUAAGCCAAGUUUUCACGUCAACACCAGUUUAAUGUCCAAGCAUAAUUCUGGCAAAGGAACCACCAGUUCAGGUCAAAGAGGUGGACGGAUGCCGACACCUAAUAUUGAAGAAACCAUGACCGAGGAAGAGUUCUUUGAGUGGUUACAGAAUGCAGUACAAGCAGGUGUGUUUGACAAUUUUAAUGGCACUGCAGCAGAGAGCCCAUCUCCCAAAUCUGGAAAUGGGAUGAAAAAUCCUGGUAGUGGUAAUAAUAGUGGUGGCAGUAGCAGUGGUACUAGCAGUAGCAGCAAGAGAAAGAAAAAGGGAAAAAAACAGUGGUGAUAACCACUUAACAAGAUCAUGUUAUAUCGCAAUGGAAAGUCUUGAAAAGCAUAUAAGUUUCAAAGCCGCUAUCUGUUAAUGAAGCCCCAAAAAUUGAGUUGGAGCCACAUUGUACAGCGUUAUUUUUCUCAAGUGUAGAUUUUGUUGUCCAAUAAAUUUUUUGGUAUCCUUUUAGCCUUUUUAGUACAGCCUCGUACUAAUGA